AUAGCGUAGGUGGCGUGUGGUGAAGCGUUCAGCCCACUUGGUUUCGGUUUUGGUUUUGGUUUUGGUUUUGGUUUGGAAGUCCAUACCAAACCCACCAAUUACACACCAUGCGACUGCCAGCCUCGUUGUGAGCCCCCAAUUCCCCCAAACCUAAACCUAGCCGAUGGCCUCCGCCGACGACCCCGCCGCCCCCAUCGUCUUCCACGAGGACGAGGACCUCCUCGACGACGAUGAAGACGACGACGGCGAGAGCUUCGACCACUACGACGACGAUUCCGCCUCCUCAGCCCCCGUCGCUCCCGCCGCCCCCGAUCGUCCUCCCCCGCCCCUCUCCGCCGCUCAGGUAACCAUUGCUGUCCCCGGCCUCCCCGAUCCCCACCACCACCAGCCGGAGAUCUCUGUCCCUGCGAAGAAACCCCCUCCCCCACCGCCCGACGAAUCGCGGAAGCUCUUCCAGCGCCUCUGGACCGAUGAGGACGAAAUUGAGCUGCUCCAGGGCUUCCUCGAUUACACCACCCAGCACCGCGGCCCCCACACCUCCUCCCAGCACCACCACGACACCACCGCCUUCUACGAUCAGAUCAGGAACAAAUUCCAGCUCGAUUUCAAUAAGAACCAGCUUGUCGAGAAGCUGCGUCGCCUCAAAAAGAAGUACCGCAACGUCAUCGGUAAAUUCGGCACUGGCAAGGACCACGCCUUCAAGACCCCCCACGAGCAGGCCACCUUCGAAAUCUCCUCCAAAAUUUGGGGCAACACCGCCGUCAAUGGCGCUGCUGCCUACCGCGCCGCUCCUGUGCCGAUCGACGAGGACGACGACUCCCUCAACAACCCUAAUUUCAAUAAUUUUCUCGAUUGCCAGAGCCCCAACCUAAACGGCAUUGAUAUUAACGCCAAAACUCCGCGCUCCAGGAAGAGGAACCGUGUCGGAGCAGUGAAAUUGGAGGAGAAGCAACACAACGCCACCAACAUCAACAUCAGCAACGCUCAGCCUGUAUCGGCCGUGGCGCCUAUGGCUGCUCCGGUAAUUGGAUUGGGGAUAACAGGGUCGUUAUCCGGCGUGAUCGAAGAGACUGUGAAGAGUUGCCUAUCGCCAAUAUUCAAAGAGCUACUAAGCAAUUCGAUGAGCCCUAAUCUGAACAGCAACGGGUCGCCGUGCUGUGGAAAUGGGUUCGGAUUGGGACGAAGCCCGAUACCCUUGUGCUUCGGGACAAGCAUGGGGGGAGAUAAAGAGCGGUGGAGGAAGCAGCAAAUACUGGAGUUGGAGGUGUUCUCGAAGCGGCUGGAGCUGGUGCAGGAUGAGAUUAGGGACCAACUGCAGGAGCUUAGGUCCACGGGGAAUUGAUCGGUGCAAUUCUUCCUUGGGGCAUUUCUUUGUUUGAUAAGCAUGGGUUUGUGAAAUUUCCAGGGCGUCGUCGUCUUCUACUGUUUACAUGGUGGAUGCGAAAUGGAUACUUGGUUAGUGUAACAGUGUUGGUUGCUUAGCUUAGUCAGAGAGUAAUACUCAUAUGAGCAUAGCUCAACUUUGUGGAGGAGGUAUCAGAUGUAAACGUUUUCUACCUACCUUAGUUUAUUUAUCUGGAAAACUUGAUGCAAAAAGUAGUUGUAAAUUUUGAUGAAGCAAGCUUUGUUUGCAAAUAAAUUAUGUGAAGUUAUGAAUUC